CGGCAAUGUUUAGACGUGACUAUCAUUCUAGGCCAGAAGUUUGCAACGCAGUGAAGGAGACACCUCGGACCCCAUAAGGUAACACAAUCUACAAAGGCCAACAAAUAAACAUCUAGGCGGAGUGUUAUGUAUUCCCAGUCCACGUUUCACCAACUACAAGGACCGCUUCCCAGAACCCGUUGAGGAAAGGGGGAGGGGUCAGGCGGAAGCAGGAACCGAGGAGUAAAAUUCCAUCACGUUCAGGCCCCUUGCAAGUUCACAGCCUUCAGUUGACACGCCUCGAAAAAACAAGACCCGUCGUGAGUCAGUCCAUGAGAGCCGCACAAUAUAUUUAUAGAUCACUUUACUUAAUAAUAUUUUAUUUAAAUUGUCUUGGCUGUGUGGGCAAUAACCGCUAUCAAGUUCGGCAAAACGGAUAUGUUUUCGCAUAGCACUCAAGACUUUUUCAGAGAUCCGAACAAACAAUUAGCUAUUAACAUUUUAAGCAUUUCGAGCAACAAUUACAUUACAAACUUACUUAAGCUUAAUGUGCAAAUAUUUUGAGAUAUUUUUUUGCUUCCUUUUUUUUUUUUUUAAAUAUCUUGCAUUAUAGAGAUGGAGAUCUAAGGCGAUACAUUUUUUUGACAGAGACGUGAUGGUUGAGUUUGAAAUAGAUUGAACUUUCAACGUCGUUAAAUACAUUAAUUUUUAAUGGGAUCGCUCAAAGAAUACAGUAGAAGAUUUUAAUUACUAGUUCAAAAGUGUGUGUCUAUUGUUGUUCUUAAGAAUAAUUUCAUUCUUUUCGCGGGUAGCUAUUUAAUUACUGACUUUAUAGCACUAAAUGUGAAUAAUUUAAAACGAGUAUUGACAGGCGGAAGCGAGAGGAAUGUCAUAAAGACUUUAUAUGACUGGUAAUGAUUUAGGAAAACUUACUCAGAACGAUAAAAUGGGUGCAACCCGAGGGUUACGCAUCUUAAAAACAACAUCUCGGCUCCGAAAACCCCCCAAAAGUUUUAACCCAAUGACCAGACUUUGGUUGUUGGUCGGGAAAGGGUGUUCAGGGUGCGCUUCAAAGCCCCGGCUCAAAGUCGACGGAUCUGCUCGGGCCAGCCUCCUAUGGCUUCAAUUACGCUAUAUUUAUUGUUUCAUUUUUCUGUACACACUCCCAAAUGUGCGCUUCUCGGCAUGUUUUGGUAGCAUCCAUGUUUUGCCACAAGGUAAUUAUUUCGUACACUAAACUGUAUUUGGUUUAGGGCCUUUCGUGGUUGUUGUUUUCACCGACAUCUUUGAACCGCAGGGCACUGUGUGUGUUUUUCUCGGGCCGAAGCCAGAGGCUUGUGCUGCUAUCAGGCCGCUCUGUCAUUUUUAUGAUUGUUAAUGUCUCGGUCAACGCUUUUAAGUCAAGUUCUGAGCCCCGUCCCAAUCCGUCUCUCCUUCCUCUGCGGUCGCAUGGGUCUUGUUGUUGGCUUUAAUGGAAAGAAAUGAAUUUGAGAGCGAGUUGCGAGCGGAGUUUCGAGGGGAUCCGCCUGCGGAGUCGCACAGAUUGAGGCUGGCAUUAAAAACGAUCGACGCAUUUGCCUGUCGGCUGAGAACGCGUUCAGAAGUUCGUCGGAUGUGAGCUGCGAAGUGGACAAGAACCAGGAUUUCCUGCACCGAAAAAGGCUCGUCUUAGUGGUGCCUACACUUAACCCGCGAAGAUGACGAACAUCAACUACAAGCUGCUUUUAUUGUUCCUACUACUAUCGACCGGGGUCUCUGCAAAACGGCGCGUCCGGCGACAGAACCGAUCCGAUCAACUCCUGGCCGACAUCGGUGUUCGAGCCACGGCCUUCGAACCGCGGGCGCUGGAGAACGGCAUCCCGCAGUACACGGACAUCGACCAGGACCUGCGGCACCUGUUCGUGAACACGAGGCAGACCACGCUGAACUGGGCCCUCAACAACAUCGAGGCGCUGAGCAGCCGCGGGCGGCGCGAGGGGAAGCUGCAGUCGCUGGUGCCGAAGAAGGUGCCCUUCUUCUGUCCCACGAACAACACGCGCUCCUCGGACCCGCCCACUUCUGUGGAGCGCCUGCGGCCCGGGGACAUCGACAUCAUCGCCGCCUUCGGAGACUCGCUCUCCGCGGGCAACGGGAUCCUGUCGAACAACUUCAUCGACAUGAUCAACGAGUUCCGCGGACUGGCCUUCUCGGGCGGCGGGGUGGCCGACUGGCGGCGGUUCGUGACCCUGCCGAACAUCCUGAAGGUCUUCAACCCGCAGCUGUACGGCUUCGCGGUGAGCAACAGCCUGGUGGUCAACCACCGCUCCUCCCGGCUGAACAUCGCCGAGCCGAUGGUCAUGUCGCGCGACCUGCCCUUCCAGGCGCGCGUCCUGGUCGACCUGCUGCGCCGCGACCCCCGGGUGGACAUGAAGCGCCACUGGAAGCUGCUCACCGUCUACGUGGGCAACAACGACAUCUGCUCGGACCUCUGCCACUGGGACAGCCCGCAGGCCUUCCUCGACCAGCACGCCCGCGACCUGCGCCAGGCCCUCCGGCUGCUCCGCGACCACGUGCCGCGCCUGCUGGUCAACCUGAUCGGGGUGCCGAACAUCCCCCAGGUGCUGGGCACCAUGACCCACGUGCCGCUGCAGUGCUUCGUGGUGCACCGCGUGGGCUGCCACUGCCUCGUCAACGACCGACUCAACCGCACCCAGCUGGCGGAGCGCCGCCAGACCCUGCUGCGCUGGCAGCAGCUGGACGUGGAGAUCGCCCGGCUGCCCGAGUUCCACCGGCCGGACUUCGCCGUCGUCGCCCACCCGCUGCUGACGAACAUCACGGCCCCCAAGCUGCCCGACGGGCAGACGGACUGGCGCUUCUUCUCCCACGACUGCUUCCACUUCAGCCAGCGCGGCCACGCGAUCAUCUCGAACCUGCUGUGGAACAGCAUGCUCCUGCCGGACGACCAGAAGCCCCGCCCCUCGGUGAUCCCCCGCCUGUUCGAGCGGGUCGUCUGCCCCACCGCGGAGCAGCCCUUCUUCGUGGUCAGGCCGAGUUGAAGUUCGCCGAAGAGCGGGAGCGGUUUGGGUUACUUGGGUUGACUGGCGGUCCUUCGAGACGAUCCACAGGUGUGCACAGAGGAAAAUUACUCGGUA